UUAACGGUUGUAACACCAAAAUUCAGUUACAUUUUCAUUACAAGCAGUAGCCAGAAUGGCGGUAACUACCUCUCCUCCUUCUGUUCCAAAUCUUCUCCAAUUCUCUGUUAAAUCUCCAUCUCCGUCCGUACAUUAUCUUCUCUUCGGGUCUCCAUGGCCAAACUCUUCUCCGAUCUUCCUUCAAAAGAGCGGAGUUCCACUACUUCCGGUCGCAGCGAAACCGUCUUCUAAGAGGAUUAAGUGCUUCGCUAGAUCAUCUACGGAACAAGAUCGUUUGAGCAAGCCGGGAACAUUGGCCGCUGAGAAUGUCGGUGAGGAUGAUGAUGAUGAUGAUGGAGAGAGGGAAGAUUCGAAGGUGCAGCAAAAACAGAGUUCUGCGGUUGCGACGCAGAGGAUCACUUCCUCUACCAGUGAUUCUCUCUUGCUUGGAAUUCGUGAGCCUGUUUAUGAGGUGGUCGAGGUGAAGGCAAAUGGAGUAGUAUCUAUAAGGAAGAUAAACCGACGUCAAUUAUUGAAAUCCAGUGGUCUUCGUCCAAGAGAUAUCCGGAGUGUUGACCCAUCAUUGUUUUUGACAAACUCAGCACCAUCUCUUCUGGUUGCAGACAUUUGUGCUAUUUUAUUUCAUGCUAAUUCUUUUAUUUGCCAUACAUGGGUCCAAUGUCUUGGCUUUGGGUAUCAGUUUGUUUCCUUUGUUUCCACGUAUUUCUGUCUAAAAUGUGCUUGCAAACUCAUAUUCCCUAUUCCAUGGUCUAAGGUACGAGAGCAUGCAAUUUUGCUUAAUCUGGGAUCAUUAAGAGCAAUAGCAAUGCGAGAUCGUGUUCUUAUAUUCGACUAUAAUUGUAAAGGUGGAAAGGCUUUUACGGACACAUUAUUGCCUCGACUGAAUAACAUGAAUGGAGGGCAUUGCAUGCCAUUCGAGCUUGAGGUUGUUGAAGCAGCGUUACUUUCACGAAUACAGCAUUUGGAGCAGAGACUAAUGGAUUUAGAACCUCGUGUUCAAGCUCUGCUUGAAGUGUUGCCUAACAAACUAACUGGUGACAUAUUGGAGCAACUUCGUAUUAGCAAGCAGACUUUGGUUGAAUUGGGUUCAAGAGCAGGGGCUCUUAGACAAAUGCUGCUUGAUCUUUUGGAAGAUCCCCAUGAAAUACGUCGUAUAUCUAUUAUGGGAAGAAACUGUACUCUAAAAAGGGGAAAUGAUGAUGUGGAAUGUUCUGUACCCUUAGAAAAGCUGAUCGCUGAAGAAGAGGAGGAAGAGAUCGAGAUGCUUUUGGAAAAUUAUCUUCAAAGAUGUGAAUCUUGCCAUGGUCAGGCCGAAAGGCUUCUUGAUUCUGCAAAAGAAAUGGAAGAUUCUAUUGCUGUCAAUUUAAGCUCUCGGAGGCUUGAGGUAAGCAGGGUGGAGCUACUUCUUCAGGUUGGGACAUUUUGUGUUUCUGUUGGUGCUCUAGUUGCAGGUAUUUUUGGCAUGAACUUGAGGUCCUAUCUGGAAGAACAUGUGUUUGCGUUCUGGCUAACCACAGCAGGGAUUAUUGUUGGCGCUGUUGUGGCAUUUUUUCUCAUGUAUUCAUACCUGAAAGCUAGGAAAAUACUUUAAUUUAGGAGUUUAGGUGAUGUCAACAGCAAAGAUUCUUGUUCCCAAACUAAUUGGGCGGCUGCAUACGGCUCCCGUGAUGGUGCUUCCAAAGUGCAUCAAGUGAUGUGCUUAGAUUGUGAUAAUUAUACCGAUAGGGCAAUUGCAAUAUAUAUAGUUCUUUGGAAAAUGUGGAUUGACUGUUCCAUUUGAUAUAGAAGUUUGAUUCAAAAA